UGAGAGGCUCGCUUCGUUUUUAAGCGUCCUCUCUGCAAUUAGACUACACCUCCCGGACUGCCCAUGUAUAGCACCCACGUGCAAAGAAAGGUUGGGAAAAGUGAGACUGGUCACCGGUGGUCGUCGCGAAGGAAGGGACUUCCUUUUCCUAGUCUUAAACUGAGGGGCAGUCCUCAUCCUUGGGUUUCUCUUUACUAGGAGGUUGGAGCUGUCGUCGGAUCUGGUUGAUGAAGAAACUUUUUGUGUCUUUCAUUGGUGAGAUUUCUUACAUCUAACCAUGCGGCUUUCGGCCCUGCUGGCCUUGGCAUCCAAAGCCACCCUCCCUCCCCACUACCGCUAUGGGAUGAGCCGUCCAGGCUCCCUCUCAGACAAGAGAAAGAAUCCUCCAUGGAGCAGGCGGCGCCCAGUGGUGAUAGAGCCCAUCUCUGAUGAAGACUGGCACCUAUUCUGUGGAGACAUGGUGGAAAUCUUAGAAGGCAAAGAUGCUGGGAAGCAGGGCAAAGUGGCCCAAGUUAUUCGGCAGCGGAACUGGGUUGUCCUGGAGGGGUUGAACACGCAUUACCGUUAUGUUGGCAGAACCAAGGAUCACCGAGGGACCAUGAUCCCUAGUGAAGCCCCCUUGCUUCAUCACCAGGUCAAGCUAGUGGACCCUAUGGACAGGAAACCCACUGAGAUCCAGUGGAGAUUUACUGAGGCAGGAGAGCGGGUCCGAGUCUCUACAAGAUCUGGGAGAAUUAUCCCCAAACCUGAAUUUCCUAGAGCAGAUGGCAUUGUCCCUGAAACAUGGACUGAUGGCCCCAAGGACACAUCAGUGGAAGAUGCUCUAGAAAGAACGUACGUGCCCCGGCUAAAGACAUUAGAAGAAGAUGUGAUGGAGGCUAUGGGGAUCCAGGAGACAAGAAGACACAAGAAGGUUUAUUGGUACUGAGUCUGAGUGUAGCUGCUGCCUGCUCAGUCUUCACCUUGAAAGUGGAGGCCCCUCUUCUCCAGCACUAAUAAAGAGCCAUGAGUGUA